AUGUCAAACAACAACAAUAUCAAUAAUAAUAACAGUAUCAAUAAUAAGACUAAUGAUUAUCCAAGGUUUACACAACCAUUUAUUAUACCCUUGCCACCCCUACUCUCUGUAAACAAUAAUACCAAUAAUAUUGCUAGUCAAUAUUGUCCUCCUAAUGCGCCGAUUUCAUUAAAAUUGGAUAAUUCUGUCCAUUAUUCAGAGGCUAAUCGAUCAGCUACUCCAGAUGCUGAUGUUCAAAUUGUCAAUAAUAGUGAAUGUACAAUGAAGAAAAGAAAAAGAAAUAGGCUAUCAUUUGUAUGCCAGGCUUGUAGAUUGGCUAAAUCUAAAUGUGAUAAAGCUAAACCGGAAUGUUCAAGGUGCGAAAGGUUAGAGAUACAGUGUAUCUAUGAUACUGCUACACAACCUUUACCUAAACAUUUGUCAAAGGACUUGGCAAUUCUGAGAUUAGAAAAUGAAGUCGACUACUGGCAGAAGAAAACUAAACUUUUAUUGGAAGAACAACAAAAUUUAUUGAAUCAAUAUCAAAUUAAAAGCAAAUAUAAUGAAAAUGACACUACUAUUAGUACUAUUGGUACUAUUACUAAUAAUAAUACUGAUAUCAAGACUGACACUAAUAAUAAUAUUAUUAGUAGUAAUUUUAGUAUUGGUGAUAGUACUGUUGUUGAUACAAUUCUUGGACCUAUAAAUUAUGAUGAUGAUUUUUACCAUAAGAAGAUUUAUCUAGGUAAAAAAAAUCCAAGGUUAAUAAUGUCUAAAUUUAUGAAAAGGGAGGUUAACCCAUUAUGUGCAAACUAUCUAAUGAUUAACGAUAUUUUCUUCGCUAUGACUUUGAUGUCAAUCUUUAUAGAUCCAACUAUUUUAAAGGAAAAUAUUAUAAGAAAUAAUCUUCACGCCAGCAGUAUCCCCAAUAGUCGUGGUAAUAAUACGAGUAAUGCUGAUGAUAGAACUAGUGAAACCGUGAGAAGUUCUGUUAAAUCCGCUUAUUCUGAAUUAAUACGAAAUAUGAAUGCAAAUCAUUUAGUAAGUGCACUUACUGUAGACAUCACAAUGGCCACAAGUGGCAGCAUUUUAAGGGAUAAUAUUUACAAAUUACAAAAAAUUUUGAUUGAUAGAUGUCAAUCAAACAAUUUGACGGAAAUUAAAAGGAUUAAAAAUUUUUGUAAUAGAAUCCUUGAAUUAUCUUCUGAAGUUAAUGAUAUCACAGAUGUAUUGAAAAUUUGGAUAAAUCCAAAUGUCAAUGAUCAUUUGGAAGAUAUAAUUAAUCUAGAAUAUAGUAUUAAUAAGGGAGAUGGCUCCAGUAUGGAUCCUACGGUAAACAUAAAUUAUGAACAAUAUUAUUCUCCAUUAUUAAAGCAGAUCAUUCAAUCCUUUGAAACUUUAUUACCGCCUUUACAUACUAUUGAAAAGUUUAAAAGAUAUUUUUAUGAGAAUUUAUAUCCUUUAGUACCAUUUGUUGAUUUGAUCACUUUUGAAAACUCUCUCAAAAAGAUAUUGAUACCAGAUCCAAACAACAAUCAAAAAUGUAAGUUAAUUUUAGGAGUUUCUGGCAUCAGAGAUAAAAUUGAAAAUAUAUGUAUAUUAUCAUGUAUUUUAAAGAUUUCUUUCCAAUUCUUCUGUAUGUUAGAAGAAAGAGGAUCUUUUACUGAAAAUUUAGUGAGGAAUUAUAUUUCAUUGGAACAACUACAUCAAUAUCCAAUUAAAAAUGAUAUUAUAGUCACUGUACUUCGUUGUCUAAUAUCGGAGAAUUGGACUAAAUGUCCUAAUGAAAAUAUAAUUACGAUCACACUGUAUCUGUGGUCAUUUUUUAUCUUUGCCCCAGAUGAAGAAAAUUUUUUUGCACCUAAUCCAACGGAGUUUAUUUGUGACACUAUCAUUAUGUUAUCCAUCAGGAUAGGUCUUCAUAGAGAUCCAAAAGAUUACAGUCCACUCGAUGGAGAUGAUAAUAGGCUAUUAAGAAACCACAGACGGUUAUUAUGGUUAUCUGUUCUUUCCAUGUCCAGUUAUGAAAAUGCGUUAAAAGGUAGAAGAGUAUCGGUUAGAAAACUUCUAGAUUCAUCGAUUGAUAUAUGCUCUCCCAGCGCUUUUGAGAAUUAUAUGAAUCGUGUCCGUGAGGAUUUGGUAGAUGACCCUUCAUUAAAUGACAUUGUGGUACCUCUUCAUGAGUUGACUUGGAAAAGGACAAAAUUGGCUCUUUUACAUCAAAAUCUUAAUACUUUAACUAUAAGUUAUAAUAAGGGGAUCUCAUUAUGGGAUAUAGAAAAGGCUAUGGCCUGUAUUGAUAUAUAUUGUGAAAAGUAUUUGAAUGUUUCACAUCAUGAUAUCAAUUUAAUAAAAACCGAAAAUCACUUUGUUGAAAAUUUUUACGAUAUUAAUGUUUCUAAAAUUUUACCGGAAGCAAGCUUCAUAUCUGAAUUUUUAAGCGUAACGUUACAAGUAAGGACCUCAUAUGCAUUGAUGCUUUAUUUUGAAAACCUAGAGGACGAAAAUGCAAAUGAUAAAGAUGGCAAAGAUGAUUAUAAUGUUGAGAAGGUGGUGAAUGAAAAACGUUUUAUAGUAUCAAAAAAGGAAUCUCAUAUCCCUUAUUAUUUACGUUAUUUGAAGAUGACCAUAAAUUAUUGUUUGAAAUUGAUUGAAUUAUAUGAAGAUUUUUACUCUGAAACUAAUAUUCUUUCAUCAGAUAGGGUCUCGUUAAAAGGUAAUAAUAAUGUAGACUCUAAUAUUCAACCACCAUAUCAUAUUUCUAAAUUUUUGCAAGUAUCUUUAUCGACUGCAAUGUUUACAUUACUAGCUAUCAUUGUGAGAAUCGCUAUUAACCAAAUUUUUUUAUCAGAAGACAAUAAAUAUGGUAAAAAUAAUAAAAAAAUUGAUUCUUUGGUGAUUGUUCAAAAUACAUUAAGAACUAGAUUAAAGGAUAUACAUGAUUUAGUUACACAUCAUUUGAAAUAUUCAUAUUUUUCAGUAUUCAAAAUAUUAUCGAUGUAUGAUUUAUUGAUUCGUAGAAUUGUUUGUGAUAAAUUAAUAUGUGGAUUAUUUAAACCCAUUACAAAAAGAGAUGUAGAUCCACGAAUGGCGAAAUUUUUUAAAAUGUCGUUUAAUAUUCCGUUUAGUGAUGGUAAUGCAAAAUUAAUUGAUAUUUUAAGAAGCAAAAAUCAUAUAUCAUUGAUUGAUGAAAACAGUUUGGUCCAAUUACCAACAGAAAUAAAAAGCAAUCAAAGAGAGACAUCAAAUCUACAUUUCGAUUCUAGGGAAUCAAGUGAGGAUACCAACAAUUCUAAGAAUGCUUUAAAUCAAGUUAUCACGACAUCUCAAGAACCAUACCCAUUAGUCCCUAGAUUAGUUCCAACCGUUGAAAAUUCAACCUCUAUAGAUCAAGAUAGAAUCAAUGAUAAUCUCAACAAUACAAGCGUUCCAGGGUUCUUAGAUAUGAAUUUAGAGAUGCUCAAUAAUGAUAACCAAUUUAACGUAGAGACAUCAUCUAAUGAUCAAAACAAUACUACUCCAUAUAAUAAUUUUACCUUUGAUGAAGAACAAUUAUCCAAGACAUUUACUGGUAUAUUUGGUGAUUUAGAUCUUUUUGAUUACGAUUACUUUUUCAGUUAUAAUAAUAAUAAUGAAAUUUGA